GGAGAGCCAAAGGCGGACGUCAUGGUUCACAGCAACUCGUCUUCCCCGAUGAAAACGGCACCAUCCGCUUCACCUCACCAAACAGACUUGACUUCCAGCUCGGAUUCCACUCAGGUUCCUAAUCUGACACCUGCUGAUGUAAAAUCUCCCGUUCUAACAACAAUAAAAGCGUUAAGCUUAAAGUCAAGCCCGGCAUCUGUCGGGCCGUCUCCACAGACACCAGCUCCUGCUCAGGGUCUGGUCAAUGGCCGGACAUCGGGCAGAAAAAGGACUCCUAAGUCUUGUGACUGUUGUGGCCCUAACAGUGCAGGACACAAUGUUGCGUCCUCUGGCAGAGGGAGGGGUACACCAAGAGGAAGGGGGAGAGGGAGGGGGAGAGGAGGUGGCAGAGGCCUUGGUGACACCCCUAAGAGAAAACAGUUGACAGUCAUCAAGAACAUAGAUUUGACCACGGAGGAGGAACAGGAAACGAAGGAUGAACGUAAUGCACAGGAGACGCUGCAAGCGGCUCAUACACAGUCACAAACCCCUGUUCUUACAGCCAUCCAAGCAACCUCACAAGAUGGACCAAUAAGAAACUGUGCUGCUCCAAAGAAAGAGGUUGCUCAGGUAGAGGACGAUGUGUCGAUGCUAAGUUCAGGGGUCACUGGUGCAGUAGAGAAAGACAGUGGUGAUGAGAAGGAUGCGGACACGAAGCUGUCGGGGCAGGAAAACAGGGGAACGGGAGCAGUUAGAGGUCGAGGGAAAACCAGGACCUCAUCGAAAAUUGAACUUAAUAUUCAAAUAAAAGGUAGAGGUCAUGACACGAGUUCAAGAACAGGUGCCUUAGCUCAGUCAGCGUUGGUGGAAAAACAAGAUUUGCAGAUGGACCAAAACGACGCCGACUCUGUUAAAUGUGUGUUUGGAAACGGAAACAUGGUGAACUUAUUUGACGUGGACAGAGAGAUGGAGGACCACAGCAUGAUUGUGUGUGAGCCUGCGGACGAGCUGUCAGUCCCCCUGCUGUCAAGUCCCGGCUCGAGGUUAGGCUCUCUCCUGGACCUGGACUCGAAAAUGCAGGUGGACCAGCCCUCUGACCAAACAGACCAAGUGUCUUUAUCGUUAACGCUGCCCAAUGGGAACCUUUCCCCACCAACAGACUGCGACCUUACGUCUUCACCUGUAAAGGUUAAACCUGCCGUGGUUCCCCCGUCAGACCCAAUAACGGUGAGCAGCACGGAGUACGUCUGGGCAUUAAGUGACCACAAACUGUACUGUCAGCCUGGAACCUGGGCAAAAAAUGAGACUGAAGAAAUGGUGAAUAAAAAUCAGGCUGAAGAAAAAGUGAUGGAUACAGAUUCACAGACAAAGGAAAACCUGGAGCAGCUUAUUGAUAYUGUCCAUGAGUUUUUGGAGAGCUCUUAUCUAAAAUACGGCAGCUUCGUUCCUCUCAGUGAAUCCGAUGUCCUGGAACACCUGAAAAAGAAUGGCAACCCUGACAUUAGCAGCAGUGGACUGGACGUUAAAGGAGAAAUGACUCGGUACAUGGCGGCGUUGGCGUCUGCUCCUGUUGCAGGUUUCAUGGUCACGAAUAAUAAACACACACUGAGCCUGGAGGACCUCGGCACCCUGGAGGAUCAGAACUGGCUCAAUGAUCAGAACAUUAUGAAGUACCUUCAGUCAGAAGCCAGAGAGAAAAACCAGGCAGCUUUCCAGAAAGGCUGGAAGAUCGCCAUCAUCAAGGGUAUUCCACAGCAGAAAAAUGACAGCGACUGUGGAGUUUUUGUUCUUGAGUACUGCCGCUGUCUGUCGGUGAAGCAGCCUCUGCGGUUCAGCCAGGAUGACAUGCCUCGCAUUCGAAAGAGGAUCUACAAGGAGCUCUGCGACUGUCGUCUGAACGACUAACGGUUGCCUUCACCCACCGGUCUGGUCACACGAGAAGGUCUGCCCAAGUCAUUCACGUUUUUUUUUUUCGACUGACAGCUGGUUGUAUAAGCUAACAGAGCUWGGCCAUCUGUAUUUCAGGGAGCACUAACUGCCAUCUGCUUCUGACUGGCAGAGUGGUAAUCACUAGAGACUUUAUUUUGGUGACUUCAAGUGACAGUCUGUAGCUGAAUAUUUCUUGCAAACUUGCAAAGAACUACUGAAGUGGCCCCCCUACUGACCAUUAAAAAUGUUGGACUGUCAGAUCGUUUGAGGUCCACUUUAAAGACUUUGCACYUGCACACUUCAGGUUCCUUCUGCUUUUUUGCAUUUAUCGCCUGUAUUCAUGUUUUAUAUGAAAGGCUGAACAACAACAGAGCUCUGACUUUGACUGAAGAAACUGUUACACCAACCUAGAUAGCCCUUACAUCCCGUAAUGGAGUGGCCUUACCCUUUAAACGGCCAUUUUAACUUGAAUUUAACUGUUUUAUUUUUUUGUGCUGGACUUCCCAGCUGUAGUAAACUUCCAGUUUAUACGCAGGUAUUAUAACAUGUUUGACAGGUUUCUUGGAUUCAGUGGAACAGAUGUACAGUUAAAACUUGAAGGUUCGAGUCGACUGUUUUCUUGGACUUCAGAAAUUUGCACGGUUACAGGCCUCUCCACUGAAGUUCAGAGUAUAAACUGAAUGUUUCUGUCUCUGUUUGAUUYUCCCCGAUGCACAGGCUUCAAAGCUGGGAUCACAUGUUUCUUUAAGGCGCCUUGUUUUUGACAUCGAAGUUAGAUCCAUUUCCUAAUAAUAUUCUGUAUUUUCCGUCCAUACUUAGUUUUUUUUUUCUUUUGCUACGCCCACUAAUUUAUAUUUUGAACAAACAUUUUCCAGCCCUUUAACUAAAGCCCAUUAAAAUAACUUUCACACUUAA